UGGAGCAGAGGGGUGAAUCAUCUUGACAUGAACUUCCAGCUAUUUAGCCACAUAAUGCUAAACUCUAGUUUCAUGCAUUUUGGUGCAUGUUUAAAAGCAGUUAAUGACAAUGUCAGUGACUCUUAGAAAUCACUAACACCAGAUAAUACACUGCACAUGUUAAUACUGAAAGUUCAUUCAAUAUAACGCAAGUAUGCUGCACUUAAUGGACUGAUACUGCAGCUGUACUACUUUUGACUUGCAUGCCACACAGAUAAAUGCUGUUAGUUAACUCCAGGUUGGACUUUGACACUGAUCUGUAACUGUGCAGACAGCCAGAACUGAUAUGGAGCAACACUCAACCCUGCUGUAAGACUUCACAUACAGGCUGCAUAAACUAUAAACUGAUUCAGAGUAGACGUGCAGUGAGGAGACACCUCUCACCUACUGAAAGAAUGGCCUCCACCUCUCUGGGAAGACGACUGGUGGCCUGUCUGCUCAAUGUUUCUGAAGCUCGCAGGAAAGAUCUGGUGGAGACGGUCGCCAAAGCUGCUUUAUAUGACUCUGCAGGUGUCCGACGAGAGGAAACCACAGUGCUCAACAUCUUCAACGACCACGACUACAACCGCUCUGUCAUCACCAUCGUGUCCACCAUCGACUCCAUCAGGGAGGCGGUGCUGUCUGCAUGCGAGAAGGCCUGCGGGCUGUUCGACAUGCGCACUCACACCGGGGUUCACCCGUGUAUGGGUGCUGUCGACCUCGUACCCAUCUACCCCCUCGGGGAGGAGGUGGGAGUGGAGGACUGUGCUGAAGAGGCUCGAGCUGUGGCUCAGGGACUCACAGAGCGGGUCCGAGGCACCAGCGUCUUCCUGUUCGGAUGGGCAGACUCGCCACGUCAGAGGGGGCUCGCGCAGAGGAGGAAGGAGAUGGGCUGGUUCAAGAAGACGGAGGACUUGCAGGAGAUCAGGCCCGACGUGGGGCCUCUGCCGCAGAAACGAUUCGGCCUCACAGGUGUUGGGGCCAGUCCGUACGUGAUGAACUGCAACGUCACCAUCGACACCCAGGAUAUCGCCAUGGGACGCAGCAUCGCCGCAGCCAUCAGGGAGUCGACCCCGGGUGGCCUGCCGGGGGUGCAGGUGCUAGCUCUGCCACACGAGGGCGCCGUGGAAAUCGCCUGUAAUGUGGAAAGCGUGCAGGGGACUCCACCUAGUCACAUGACUCCGGGUCAACCGUGGCCAGCUUUUAGCAUCGGUGGUCAGCCGUACUAUCACGCUCCAGCUUCUCUCAUCACGGCGAGGGUGUCGGAGCUGGCAGGGAGGCACGGCGUUAGCACGAAGAGCACCGCGCUGGUUGGGUUCACCCCCCAUCAGUGCAGGGGUCUGGCAGAGCUGGCGCUGUCUCAGGGGAUCGCUGAGUACUGGAAAGAGCAGCGCAAGAUUCAUAUGUGAACACUGAUCUGAAAACCAGCCGUAAACACAAUUACUUUGGUUAUUAGUGAUGUCACGUUAAUUAUCUUGAGGAUUGGCCGUGCCUGAUCUCCUGACCAUUGUUAAGUCUGUCAUGUGAGCAGUUUACUGGAACAAAGGCAGAUUUACUACUUGAAAUUUAAAGUAGUUCCACAAAGAAGUGUGAAAAAGCAGGUUUCUCAUUUCUAGCUCAUAACCUUUAAAGUACCUACUGUCACUAACAGACUUUAUCAGUCAUGUAGUCCGUUAAGUAACGCUAACUCUGUGAGUUGAUUGAUAACAAAGUAAAUUUAAAAUGAAAAGGGCAGGAUUCAUAUGUGAACACUGAUCCAAGACCAGCGACGCCACAAAUGAAAAUGCAUCAAUUAAUUGUGAUGUCACUUUAAUUAUCAUAAAAACAGAUUGUGCCAAAGCUCAACCACCUUAGUUACCGUUGCUAAGCCAAGUUUUCCAUUAUAACACUGCAUGUGUACAGUUUACAGUGACAAUGGCAGAUUUACUACUAGAAAUUUAUAGUAAUGUCACAUUAAAGUGUGAAAAAAUGAAUUCUGUUACCAGCAGACUUAAAUAAAAACACUGUGAAAGACAUAAAUAUGCUCACAAUGGUCACAUACAUGAUAUCUUGCUAAUCUAAAGCUACUCAAUAUGAAGCUACAAGUCUUAAGCAGAAAGAGCUCUAGUAUACUAGUAUUUUAAAUAGAAAUGUAGUUAAAAUGUUACUAAUAACAGAAGGAGUUUUACUUUAUUGUUCAUACAUACAAACAAUAUUUCACUAUAACAAGCGAGGAUGAGAACAAAGUGAAGUGUUUGGCAGACAUAAUGAAUUAUGGCUGGAGUUUGUGGAGAGUAAACUAAACAAACUAAAUAAAGAAAGAGCAGGAACUCAGCUGUUUAUUGUUAAUCCCAAAUUGGAUAUAGUUGAUAUAACAACUCUGAUUUUCAGUCCUAAACAGAGACGAGCAGUAGUAGUCUGACUUGUUAAUGUUUGCUUUUGUAUGUUUGGUUUUAAGGAGAGAGAGAGAGAGAGAGAGAGAGAGAGAGAGACCAUGUCAGUAUGUGAAUGAUCCAAAGGUUGUUGUCUAACAGUGUAAUGCUCCUUUAAUUGUUUACAGUAUAAGAAAUGUUCUAAUAAUAGCAUUAAUGGGUUUAUAAGCUGUUUAAUAAUGUUUUUGAGUUAUAUUUAAUGAUCAUAAACUGCAUUCAGACUUUUUUCAAUAGAAAUAUUUUAUUCAAUAAAUGAUUUAUAAAUUAAAUAUCUUCGUCCUGGUUUUAUUUUCAUGAGGAGACUCGACAUG